AUGGCGACCUCCGAAGCGGUGAUCACGCGAAUGGAUGUGAAAGAUGUACGUUUCCCAACAUCCCUAGAAGCUCAUGGCUCAGACGCAAUGCACACAGAUCCUGACUAUUCCUGUGCAUAUGUAAUUAUUCACACCGAUGCUAAUGACUCUUUAGCAGGGCACGGAUUGACUUUCACCAUAGGACGAGGCACUGAAAUUGUUGUUCUUGCCUGUAAAACACUAUCCCGAUUGGUUAUUGGUCAGAAGUUGUCAGAUGUUUACAGUGAUUUUGGUAGAUAUUGGAGAAAAUUAACAAGUGAAUCACAGCUUCGUUGGCUAGGUCCAGAGAAAGGGGUCAUGCAUCUGGCUACAGCUGCCGUUCUUAAUGCAUUGUGGGAUCUGUAUGCAAAACUAGAAAAUAAGCCCCUGUGGAAGCUGUUAGUGGAUAUGAGCCCUCAGGAGUUGGUAUCCUGUAUUGAUUUUCGAUACAUAACAGAUGCCCUAACUAAAGAAGAUGCUCUUCAAAUGCUGCAAGAAAAUCUAUCUACAAAACAAACAAGAGAAUGUGAAUUGCUAAAUACUGGUUAUCCUGCGUAUACAACAUCAGUUGCCUGGUUAGGUUACAGUGAUGAGACACUUAGUAAGUUGUGUGAGAAGGCCCUCAAAGAAGGCUGGUCAAAGUUCAAGGUUAAGGUCGGAGCUGAUCUAGCAGAUGAUAAAAGAAGAUGUGCUCUUAUUAGGAAACAUAUCGGCUGGGAAAGAAAAAUGAUGAUGGAUGCCAAUCAGAGAUGGGAUGUAAACGAGGCAAUAGAUUACAUGAAAGAAUUGGCAGAGUAUAAACCAUGGUGGAUAGAGGAGCCAACAUCACCUGAUGACAUACUAGGUCAUGCUGCUAUAGCCCAGGCUCUGAGUCCGCUAGACAUUGGCGUAGCAACAGGAGAACAUGCACAGAAUAGAGUUAUAUUCAAACAACUACUCCAAGCCAAAGCCGUCAAGUUCUGUCAGAUUGAUAGUUGUAGACUUGGUAGUGUCAAUGAAAAUCUAGCUGUCAUUAUGAUGGCAAAGAAAUUUGGGGUACCUGUAUGCCCACAUGCUGGAGGUGUUGGUCUGUGUGAACUGGUUCAGCAUAUUAGUUUAUUUGACUAUAUAUGUGUAUCUGCUUCAUUGGAAAACAGGGUUAUUGAAUAUGUAGACCAUUUACAUGAGCAUUUCAAGUAUCCAGUGUGUAUAAAGAAUGCAUGCUAUAUGCCCCCUCAGAAUGCCGGCUACUCCACAGAGAUGAUUGCGAAAUCCAUUAGUGAUUAUGAAUACCCAAAAGGGAGUGCCUGGCAACAGCUCAUUAUGGAAGGGAAAUUCCAAACUCCUUAG